UGCGCGGGCGGGGCGGGCGCCCCCCCCACGCCGUGUGUGUGUGUGUGAGUGUGUGUGUGAGUGAGUGAGUGUGUGGGGCAGUGUGGCCGCGGCCGCCCCGCGCCUGCGGAGCCGGCGGCGCGCAGGGACCCGCGCAGACACCGCAGCCCCUCCGGCAGCACCUCCGAGCGGCCGCCCCGCCGUCAUCCAUCCCCCCUCUCGCAGGUUUCCUAUACUGACACUAUUGGAGAGAUCCCUCUACUGAAAAAAGGAAUGGUUAUUGGGUUGCCUUGGAGAUGAUCCUGCUGCUGUAAAUGUAGGGCCGAAGAUUAAUGGUGUGGGCAGUAUGGAGCUAAUGAACGGACAGUCCAGUGGUGUUAACAUUGCAGCUACUGCUUCAGAGAAGAGUAGCAGCUCCGAGUCCUUGAGUGACAAGGGUUCAGCUGAACUGAAGAAGAGCUUUGAUGCAGUGGUAUUUGAUGUUCUAAAGGUCACACCAGAGGAAUAUGCGGGUCAAAUAACACUAAUGGAUGUGCCUGUAUUUAAAGCAAUUCAGCCAGAGGAGCUGGCAAGCUGUGGCUGGAAUAAAAAAGAGAAAUACAGUUCUGCACCCAAUGCUGUUGCUUUCACCAGAAGAUUCAAUCAUGUAAGCUUCUGGGUUGUUAGAGAGAUUCUGCAUGCACAGACUUUAAAAAUACGAGCUGAGGUUUUGAGCCAUUACAUCAAAACUGCAAAGAAGCUGUAUGAGCUGAACAACCUCCAUGCCCUCAUGGCAGUGGUGUCAGGCCUCCAGAGUGCUCCCAUCUUCAGGCUGACCAAGACGUGGGCGUUACUGAGUCGGAAGGAUAAAGCCACCUUCGACAAGCUGGAAUAUGUUAUGAGUAAAGAAGAUAAUUACAAAAGGCUCAGAGACUAUAUCAGCAGCUUGAAGAUGACUCCCUGUAUUCCCUACUUAGGUAUUUAUCUGUCAGACUUGACCUAUAUUGACUCUGCCUACCCCUCAACAGCAAGCAUUCUGGAAAGCGAGCAAAGAACAAAUUUAAUGAACAAUAUUCUUCGAAUUAUCUCAGAUUUGCAGCAGUCGUGUGAAUAUGAUAUUCCUAUGUUGCCUCAUGUCCAAAAAUAUCUCAACUCAGUUCAGUACAUAGAAGAACUGCAGAAGUUUGUAGAAGAUGACAAUUACAAACUUUCAUUAAAGAUAGAACCAGGGACCAGCACGCCCCACUCUGCUGCUUCCAGAGAAGAUUUAGUAGGCUCUGAAGUUGGAGCAUCUCCACAAAGUGGAAGGAAAACUGUUGCAGCUGAAGGAGCCUUGCUACCACCAACACCCCCUUCACCUCGGAACCUGAUACCCCAUGGGCAUAGGAAAUGUCACAGUCUGGGAUACAAUUUCAUACACAAAAUGAACACGGCGGAAUUUAAAAGCGCGACAUUCCCCAACGCGGGACCGCGGCACCUGCUGGAUGACAGCGUCAUGGAGCCCCACGUCCCCUCCCGAGGGCAGGCUGAGAGCUCCACCCUGUCCAGUGGAAUUUCAAUAGGUAGCAGUGAUGGGUCUGAACUCAGUGAAGAGACUUCCUGGCCAGCAUUUGAAAGGAACAGGUUGUACCAUUCUCUCGGUCCGGGGACAAGAGUGUCACGAAAUGGCCAUCGAGGCCACAUGAAGGCCAGCAGCUCCCUAGAAUCUGAAGAUUUGGCUGUUCAUUUGUAUCCAGGAGCAGUUACUAUUCAAGGUGUUCUCAGGAGGAAGACUUUGUUGAAAGAAGGCAAAAAACCUACAGUAGCAUCUUGGACGAAAUACUGGGUAGCACUGUGUGGAACCCAUCUCUUCUACUACGCUGCAAAAUCCCUGAAGGCUACAGAGAGAAAACAUUUCAAAUCCACGCCCAGUAAGAGUGUCUCAGUGGUGGGCUGGAUGGUGAUGAUGGCAGAUGACCCCGAGCAUCCAGAUCUCUUCUUAUUGACUGAUUCUGAGAAGGGAAAUUCAUAUAAAUUUCAAGCUGGAAACAGAAUGAAUGCAAUGCUCUGGUUUAAACACCUGAGUGCUGCCUGCCAAAGCAACAGACAACAGGUUCCUGCCAACUUGAUGACCUUUGAAUAAUAGGCAAAUUCAAAACAAUAAAAAAGGACAAUUUGAGCCAUCUCAUAAUUGAGAACAAGGUCCUAAUGAAAAAUGUGCCAGCUGUAUUCUGUGCCACAACAGAACCUGUCAACUCGAUCUCUGAACUCUGGAGCCCUGAACAAAACCACUAAAGGUUGGGGAGUGGAGUCCCCCAAAUUAAAAAUGGAGUUGCAACAUGAAUUGCCAUGGACCAUGCUUCAUUAUGUUCUGAGAACUGACCUGUGGAAACCACUGCCUUAAAGAGUGAAAGGAAAAACAACAUGAAACACCAAAUAGUGUGUGUGAAACUUCUGGCGGUGCUGUGCUUGAGUUAAAUAGAUUGUAGCUAGUUUUGAGUUUCUUUUAACUUUAUACUAAUUUUGAAAAUAACUCACCUUUUUAGGCAUUCUUAAGAAAACAGGUAAACUGGUAUUUAAGAGUUGUAUCAAAAGCUGUGUAUGAACCAGGUAAAAGGUACUACAUGUUCUGGAGAUGUUGUUUAGGCCAUCCCAGGAGUCCUGGAGGGAAGCUUCUCCCAGGCACAUGGCCUGGAGCAGUGUUAUUUCUCUCAGACUUGGAAGAAAUGUAACACAAGUGCAAGUUCAGAGCAGCACUGAGCUUGCAAACCUUGGUCCUGUAUGGGAGCCAGACUCCAAGAGUGGCACAGAGGCUGAGCCAAAAAUCACUUUGGUACGUUUAGCCCUAAUUCCUGGUUAAAACCACGAGUUUUGGGCAGUCGGGGGGGGUGUGUGUAUGAGACAAAACUGAAAGCACUGUUGGGUCAGAACUGAGUGUUUUCAUCCCAUGUGUUUCUAUGCCUGUGGCUCUCCUGCACAGAAAGGCUGAAUGACAAAACACUAACACCUGGGUACAGCUCACUGAGAUGUUUGACUUUGGGUAUCUGCUAAUUAUCAGUUAGGGACCACUGAUUAGUGUGUGGUGUUUCAUAAUAUCACUUCAGAUGGACAUUUUAAAAAGAUAGAGGCACAAUUUCAAGCUUUCAUGUUCUCAUUUGGCAAUAAUUGAUUUUAGUAUCUGUCUCAGUCGAAGUAGUUGACGUUGUGUGGUGUUGAUAACAUGGCCUAAAGAAGACCUUACAUACAGAAGCUCUUUUGAUCUUCAGGCAAUUAACUAAUUUAUUAGAAGGUAGGAUAACCUAAGGAGAGAAAAGGUGUGGGGCCAUCAAAAUUCCAUCCUUGACAGGAAUCAUUCUUGGUCACUGAAAUUACUCACAGAGAAAAACAUAAUGGUUGUAAAAAGGGAGCUGUGCUUUUUGUGUGUGUUUGAUGCUUAAGACUUUGAUUCUUGCUUUAUUGGGGUUUCCUUGACGUCACCUAGUUUCCUGAAUGAUUGGUCUUUCUUUAAUCUUCAAAAAUAUGAUCUUUGUAAAGCAAGGAAACAUUGUCCAAACUAUGACUCUGAUAUUGGAACUUUGAAGUCUGUGAAAAAGUAGUAACUGUUCCAUUGACAUUGUGGUUUAGUGACCGUAAAUAUGCUUGCAGAUUCCGCCAUGAAUUCUCCUUUUUAAACAGAAACAAGCUACCUACCAGUCUGUUUCAGAGUUCUCUGACUAUCUAAUAAAGGUUUCUACUAGUA